GCCUUCAGAUCAUGGAUGCACCAUCAGCUCUGCUGCCUGCUGAUUGGUCAGAGCUCACCAAUAUCAUCAUCAUGCUGGCUUGGGCGGCAUCCAUUGGCUCUUUGCAGGCCAUGGCUUUGCCGAAUCCACAUGCCGUUGAUGCCGCUGCAGCUGUUGCUCACCACACUCUGCAAGCAGCUCAAAAGCGGCGGGUGGAGCAGGAGGGCUCGGGGAAGAGGGGAGGGGAGGAGAGCGAUGAGUCGGAGGACGAGGAGGAGGACGACGAAGACGGCGCGGAUUCCCUGCUGCACCCCGACGAUGCCUGCCUGGCGAUGGAGGGAGCCUUGGUGCUGUCGGAGUGCCUGGGCCGACGAAGAGAGAUCGCAACCGUCCUCUUCUCCUCCGCAUUCGUCUCCAAAUUCAUCGUUGACACCUGCUUGCACUGCCCAGAAACAGAGAUUCGAUACAAAUUUGCAGAGCUCUUUCUUCACAUAAGCAUGGAGAAGUGGCCACCCCUCCCCUCCUCCGCACACCCAGCACCACCCCCAGCCACACCAGCAUCAGCACCACUCCCCGCAGCACCAGCACCAGCAGAGAGAGAACCUGGGGGCAACCUCCCUCUGUCCACCCCUCCCACGCGGCCCUUCUCUUCUAUCCACUCCUGCAUCUUCCACUCCCUCUCCUCCGCCCGCACUGCUGCUGACAAGCAACCACGGCACAAUAGACCGUACUGGGAGCUUCUCUGCAAGGUGGUGCAAGGGGUGUAUCUGCGAGACGAGGAGGAAGCUGUCAGGAAGCUUCUGGACGAGGAGAUCCAGUGGCUGCAGAACGUGACGUGGGGGAUGGAUGGCAGAGAAGAGUUGUUGGAGGGGCACUUGCUGCUGCUCCGGAUGCUGGUGGAGGUGCUUGACUGCCGCCCGCUCGUUGCCUGCUCUCCGCCGCACGGCCACGGGCUGCUACACCUGCUCAUCACACGCUGCCUCUUCCCCGAGUGGCCUGUGGUCGUCCCAAGCCAAGCAGCAGUGCAGCAGCAGCAGCAGCAGCAGCAGCCGCCGCCGCAACAACACCAACACCAACAACAGCAACACCAACAACAACAACCACCCGCCCAGUUCUCUGCUCCCACAACCUUCGGCGUUCUCUCCUCUGACCCCCAUGACGCUGCUGUCUUCCGCCCCCUCUGCUCCUCCUCCCCCUCUCGCAACUCGGCCUUCGCCCUCCUCCUCACCCUCUGCGCCAAGACCCCUGAAGCCUUAAGAGAACUCGCCUCACUGUUGCUCCCGCUGCACUUUGGCUCGGUGGAGCACGAGCUGCCGUCUUGGGAGUACCUUCCCAGCUGCGCCCCUAGGCCACGGGUGGGCUACUCGGGGCUCAAGAACGCAGGUGCCACGUGUUACAUGAACAGUGUCUUCCAGCAACUGUUCAUGCAGCCUCAAGUGCGCCGCACUCUUCUCGCAUUUCCUGAGACGCCAGAGUCGGACCGACCGCUGUCCGUGAUCUACCAAGUGCAGGCAAUCUUUGGCUAUCUGCUAGCGGGCUGUGCUGACUACUUCGUCCCAGAGGGCUUUUGGGGGGCGUUCAGGGACUACGACGGGCAGCCGGUGAACCUGCGGGAGCACCAAGACGCGUUUGAGUUCUUCAACCGUGUCUACGACUCGCUGGACGAGAGCAUCAAGGCGCGCCAGCAUUCCCCUACUCUCACUUCCAUCUUCGGGGGCGCCUUCGCCCAGCAGAUCAUCUGCCGCGGCUGCCCCCAUCGUAGCGAGAGGGAGGAGCCGUUCGCAGCAGUGAGUGUGGACGUGAAGGGCAAGAGGGGCCUGCAGGAGUCGCUGGAGGCAUUUGUGCAAGGGGACCUGUUGGAGGCAGACAACGCCUACUUCUGCGGCCAGUGCAGCAAGAAGGUGGACGCCCUGAAGCGCGUGUGCAUCAAGGCCCUGCCGCCCACCCUGAUAAUCCACCUGAAGCGCUUCGAUUUUGACUACGAGACGAUGCAGCGCCUGAAGCUCAAGGACCGCUUCGCCUUCCCUCUCACGCUCAACAUGCGCCCUUUCACGCGCGAAGGGCUGGCGCAGCAGGAGAGGGAGAGGGGCGAGGGGAAAGCGAAGGCGCAGGGGAGAGAGGAGGGGAAAGGAGGAGGACGAGGAAGUGGAGGUGCGAAGGCGGGUGAAGGGGACGAGUCUGGUGUGGCUUCAAAGAUGGAGGAGAGAGGCGUGGGCCCAGAGGAGAGGGAGAGGGGGGGAGCAGGGAGCAGCAGGGAGGGUGGGGAGAAGGGGGGUGGGGGUGGGGAGGGGAGGGGGGAUGAGUACUAUGAGUACAGCUUGGUUGGGGUGGUGGUGCACUCAGGGACUGCGUUUGCGGGGCACUACUACUCGUACAUCAAGGAGCGGUGUGGCGAUGCCCCGCUGGAUCACAGCCGUCCAUCGCAAUGCGUGCGGUCAAAGCAGCGGUGGCUGUGCUUUGACGACAAGCGCGUGGAGGCGUACGACUUGAGAGAGCUCGAGAAGGACUGCUUUGGAGGGAAGUACUCCGCUGAGGUGUACGACAACCUGGUCAAGACCUCUUCGCCGCAGGAGUUCGACCGCCCUAACAGUGCCUACAUGCUCUUCUAUGAGAGAAACACUACCAGCGGUGCUGCUGCUGAUGCUGCUACUGCCACUGGUAUCAGCACAACCAUGCCUGCCUCCACCGCUGCCACUGCCACUACUGCCAGCACCACUGCUGUAGCUGACACAGCCAUUCCUCUUGAUGCUGCCAGCGACCCUUCUUCACUUUCUGCAGCAGAGGCAGCAGCAGCACCACCACCAUUGUUACCUUUAGCAAGGGCUGGCCCGUGCCCCUCCACCGCCACCAACACUGCUCCAGAGGGGGAGCGGAAGAGGCUAUUGGAGCCAUCAGCUGCACCCCCCCUCCUGCCAUCAGCUGCACCCCCCCUCCCGCCAUCAGCUCCAGAGGAAGGGCCUUGUACAGCGGUGGUGCCGUAUCGCAUCCCCGCCAGCAUCCACCACUGCGUUUGGCAAGACAACCUCAGGUUCCAGCAAGAGUCACGGUUGCUGGACCAGACAUACUUCCGCUUUCUGCUGCAGCUGGCACGCGUCAACCUCGAUGUCUUCCAAAUGUGCCACGAUCGGGGGAAAAUGGCGGCAUUGUCAGAUGUGAGGGCGGGCGGGGUGAAGGCAUCACCGCAGCGCAGCGAGGCUUUGAGGGUGGAGCGGGCAGCGGAGGAGACGGCAGAGGCGCUGCUGGCGCUGCUGCUGCCGUUCCUCUUCCGCGUCUACCUUAGGGCACACGCCAGCCUCCGCACAGACGACCCGCUCUGGACGGACGUGUUGUCUCGCAUGCUAGAGGCCAACAGCUCUGCCUGUCGGCUGUUCAACGCGCGCCUGGCGGGCAACAGGCGAUGGCUCUCGCACUUCCUGCUCAAAUGCCCCAUCAAUGCUAUCUCCAUGUCUGUCGCCGAUCUGCUGGCAACCAGCUGCCAAGCCGCCACGUGCUUUCUCAACGCCCGGCCCCUCGCACCGGUUGCUGCUGCUGCUGCUGGAGCCAAUGCAGGGGCAGCGGGGAUGGGUGCGGCAAGUGCAGGAGGGUCAGGAGGGGAAGUCGGAGCGGCUGGAGCAGGUGGGGGACCGGUGGUGUCAGGGGAAGCAGCAGGCGGGGCGGCAGGUGGAGCGGUGGAAGAUGCAUUGAACGUGGACGCACUGGUUGACUCGCUCGUGUCGCUGCUGAGGGACGCCGGUUCCCCCUCCUGCCACGUGGACAAUCUCUGCAGCAUAUUUGUGGAGUAUGCGCGCAUCGGCCCGCCUCAGCGCCUCUCCCUCAUUCGAAAACAACUGCCCGCCACAUGUUUCGCCUAUCUAGAUCGUGUGGGGAUUCCGGCAGCAGCCAAGCUGCACCUCUCCCCCCUGCACUCCCUCCUCUCCAUCCUCAUCCGCUCCUGUCACCCCCACGCCCCCUCCUCUCGGGCCCUCGCCCCCGCUGCUGCCCCCCGGUCAGGGGGGGAGGAUGGGGGGGAUGAGGAAGGGGAAGGGGAAGGGGACGAGGGGGAAGGAGGUUCAAGGGUGCAUGGCAAGGGGGGGAGCAGGGGAAAGGGGGAGGGGAGGGCGCAGGGGAGGGAGGAGAGGGGCAAGCGGAAGGGGGGGCAAGGGGGGGGAGUGAGGCGGAGGGGACAUGCAGGGUCUUCUGCAGGAGCAGCGGGGGCAUCAGGGGCUGCAGGGGCAGCAGGGGAGGCAGAGGAGGAGGAGGAGGAAGACGCUGGGUUGCAGAAUCCAGCGUUUUUUGGCCGCCCGGUGGCUGUGCUGCCUCCACGUGUGGCUCAGCUGGCAUGUGAUCCCGAAUAUGUCAAUCUGCUGGUCUCCAGCAGUUUGGACAACCAGGAUGCCAUAUCUCUAUUGGAAUACAUCUCGUUUGCUGAAGAAUCCGCAAGCAUUAUUGUUCUCCGGGAGGCGAUGAGCUCGCUUCAGCGCGCCGCUGUUACUUCGUCCCGCCGCAUUCUCUCACUGCUGCUGCACCUGCUGAAACUGCCGGACACGCUUCAAGAGGCACGCCAGGAGUCCGUAGUGAAUGGCUGCCAGUUCUUCCGCCCCGGUGUCUUCGACCUUCUCCUUGCCAAGCAUGUAUCGGCGCUGAAGCGCUACGCGCUGCUCAAGUUCCUCCUGGCCACCGCCACCUUCAGCGCCAUCUCUCGCCGCCUCAUCGCACUGCGGCGGGCCGACCUGAGCGCCGUGCUGCAGUGGCUGCAGGAGGAGACAGCCAACGCGCCCGGCCACGAGCUGUCCAAUGAGGAGCUGCCAUCUGGCACGCUGCGCCGCACCGCUACUGUGGAUUCCACCAUUGCUAUGGGCCUCAGUCUGAUCAGCCGGCCGCAUGAACCGAAUGCUUGAAGUAACCUGCUGUUACCUGUUACCUGUUACCCGGUAACAGCGUGGUGUGUGGAAUGUGCUGCGUCGCGCUGCCCCGUGGGCUCAACUAUUCCCACCGGUCUCAGUCUGAUCAGCCGGCCGCAUGAGCCGAAUGCCUGAAGUGACCUGCUGGUAACUUGGUAACGGGGUGGGUGUGACGUGUGCUGCGUUGCACCGCCCCGGCGGGCUCAACCAUUGCCACGGGUCUCAGUCUCAUCAGCCGGCCGCAUGAGCCAAAUGCAUGGAAUGAGCUGCUGGUAAUGCGGUAACGUGUGCUGCUGGUACCUCAGGAAGUGGGCUUGUGGUAACGCCUGCUGCUGCUUCUACCAUUCUUGGUCAGUGAGAUGUUCGAUGGGUGUUGUACAGCUGCACCCUUUCGGCGUGUACCUAUAUUCUUCUGCAGUUUCUUUUUUCCCCUUCACAAACGUCAGUAUGCAUCGCAAGGUUGUGUCAACUUAUUCAUAUUUGUAUAUGCAGCAGUUAGGCGAGAAGGGCUCGUGCUCUUAGAGAGUACAACACUCAACUAUGUAUUCCCUUGUAUGCUUUCAUUCUAGUCAUUCGG